UGGUGGCUGGGUUCAUUGAAGGAUGUCGGCUGCGGAAUCUGUGACUUGACCAAGAUCAAAGUCAUGGCAGGUCCAGAAACUGAAGGCCAAUUCCAGUUCAAUGGUAUUAAAAAAUAUUUCAACUCUUACACUCUCACUGGUAGAAUGAUUAUGGCCACAUAUGGAGGCAUUGCUUUGUUAUACUUCAAGUUAAGGCCUAAAAAAAGAACUCCAGCUGUGAAAGCAGCAUAA